AUGAGCUGUAGAGCCACUGCAUUCACAGUAGCUUGCAGGCCAACCUCUGCCGCCCCAACAGGCGUGGUGCCACUGUCGGCUUUCAUAGAGGGCGCAUUUUCCGAUACUGCUUCCCCAAACUGUAUGAUUAUUCAAUCACCAAAUAGAAUGAUCGAAGCCAAAAAGCUUUUGUCGGAAAAGUGCAGCCAGAUUUGGCAUGAGGGGAAAGAGACAGCUAUGGAACACGUUUCUGCACCCUAUAUGCAAUCGAGCCUAUGCUUUGCUUGUGCAGCGCCCCUUAUGGAGUCCACUUGCGUCUGCGGUUCCCUCAACUGUGGCCCCCUCCCUGUGGGCGACCCUGUUCUCUCGGAUGCCGUGCUCCACCUAGUGUUCCUCGGCUCCGCAUCUCAGGAAGCCCGCGUAUUUAUUCGUGAACGAUCCCCUGUGGCGGCGCCUGAGGAAGCCCCGGAGGGGUCCGCAGGCAAAGAUGACUCUUGGGUGUCCUCGCGCCUGGUGGCAGAUGCUGUUGAAUCUUUAUUGAAUGAGGCAGCAGCAGCGGCUACUGCCGCUUCAGAACACGCAUCCACACAGAGUGUAACAGUCAACAGAAGUAAUGGAUUCAGUCGGCAGUGGGUACUGGACACUUGGAGGCACCAUCUUCUGCAAUUUUUUACCCCCGGGAAACAGGGCACUCCCUUCCUGUCAUCCGACGCUUCAAUAAUAGUGCCACAAGGCUGCCGCAUAGAGCAGCUAGCGGCUCUACAGGCCCUUGGAUCCUCUUUGUUACAGGCAGCAGUGGGCCUAGCCAGGCCGCCGGCAGCACCUCCGGCGCCAAGAGUGGAAAAUGAUGUUUCUCUAGGAGAGACAGCAGCGCAAACUGCCUCAAUACAUGAGGCACGCAGAUCGGGAGCAGAUGCAUCAAUGGCCGUGGCCACACAUGCAGCACUAGCGGUUUUAUACGGACAGCUGUGCAGUUGGCUGCUGCAACAACUGCUGCAUCAACAACAGCAGCUUCUGCUGCUCGAGCGGCAGCUAAAAGGAGUCGAGGGGCGGCUGCAGAGGCUCUGUCGUCUGCUUCAACGCGCGCUUGCUCUUCUUCAGCCCCUCGUUCGUAUCGUGCGGAGUGGCCAGAGUAAGUGCAAUGACAGCAGCUAUGGCAGCUACACAGGAGCCACAAGUUGCUCUUCAGCCCUCUUUUGUAGCUGCUGGAAAGCCGCUUCGAAGGGAGAACGAGGGCAGCAAGAUCAGCGGCAGGAGGCACACCAGCUGGAAGGCCCAGGCUUUGCUGUGGCGCUGUGCUUUGCCCGCCGCCUUCUGCGCGCCUUGGACCACCUUGUUUCUCCUGUUAGUGCAGCCUCUGAAAGCGCUGGGAUACCCCUUGCAGUCAAAGGAGUGGCAGCAGAAGUCAGCAAUGUAGAUAGCAGGUGCACACACCGCCUGAGGCAGUUUGUCGUCUUUGCUGCCGCAGAGAUGCCCUCCAAAGCUCUCCUGGACUCCAUAGAGAAAGGGAGGGACGAAGAUCUUCUGCUUUUAGAAGGGCCCCUGCAUCAUUGCAUUCGCACUUUGCUGCACCCAGAAGUUGACGGUGCUGCAGCUGUAGCAGCAGCUGAGGGCCUCAGCUGGGGCCUUACCUCCCUUGGUACCCUGUUCUGGAGGCUGCCCUGCAUGCAGCCGGUGCUCUCUGAGGGUAUUUUGCGUAAGCAACAGCAGCAAAAACAGGACCGCCUUAUGUGGCAUCUGCUGCAACUGAUGCAGCACUUCCCUCGUGGGGCGUUUCCCUUCUGCAACCUUUUUGUACAGCUCCUCCUAGACAGGCUCACCCUACACGAAGGGCCUUCUGAGUUUGAAGCGCCUAUGGAAGGGUCCAAGCAUACCCAAACGCACUUUUGCCGCUCCCAAGUGCUGACAAUGCUGCUGCAACUGCUGUCGGAACCAAUGCACGAGCAAGAAACAGCAGAGCUGCUGCUUCAGCGCAUAUGUUCAACAGUAAAUACAGGAGCUAAUGUCACGGUGAGCAGUUUGUUUGCGAGCCUUGACCCUGGCGCGAAGGUUGCGUUACUGCGGGCUCUACUUCUCCAGCAGCAUGAAAGAGCUGCGGACUGAGCGCUCGCUUUGGCAAUAGGGGCGAUGGCAUCGCGGGAAUUUCCGGUGCGCAGCGCUGCCAAUUCGUUGCAAGUGGCUGCCACCAAGAGGCUUGCAGGUACAGAUGAUGAGGCCCAGCGAGCAACUGCAGCAAUGUUCUCGUUCUGUAGCGGCGCUGCGCUUCGUAGCAACGCGGGGGCCGGAAGUGGUCUCUUGUCCAUAGAUUCUGCCAGUCUGUCUCUCCCGCAAAUACGGCCGCUCAUCGCCAGGGCCCUCCUUCCUCUCAUGAGCAAUAAGUUUACGGCAAACGAUAGUCUGCAGCAACAAAAGGAUUACUAUGUUGUCCCGCAGGAAGCAGAGCUCCUUUUGCGAGGCCUGGCUGCGAGGGGCCCACUCAGGACAUUAGAGAUCGUCAGUAAUUCACCUGAAGUGGGCAGUCCCAACCUUUUAGUCUUAAGGGAGGACGUCAGUAUGCAGGGGGAGGCAGCAGUGGCAGUGCUGCUGCUGCUGGCGCGGGCAGAUCUCACUACUCUGUCCUCUCAGCAGCCUCCGUUCGAGACCCUCCUGAGAGAAAGCUCUGUGGAGACUGUAAUUGCCCAGCUAAAGGCUGUUGCAGAGGAAGACACCGGCAGCAGCAACUCCAAGAACAACGGGGAGAGGGCUUUUGCAUUGGCAUUGCAGCAGCCUAUAUGUGCUACAACAUCAGCAGUGUAUCCUGGACCGUGCCCUUAUAGCCCUGCGUUGAGGCCUUCGGAGCUCAAUGCCGCUUGCUCUGGCAGCAGCACCAGCUGCGGUGCGAACAGUGGAUAUUGGCUGCGAGUCCUACUCAGAGCUCUCUGCUGCUGCCUAGGCUCCGCUCCCUUCGCCUCAAGGGCCCUCGCAGCACGGGCGCUGGCUUCGUACAUCCUACAGAGGGCACAGACCCAUGGGCCUCAGAGCCUUGUCAGCGCUUUUCAGACAGUGGCCUCAGCUGUAACUGCGGCAAGGAAGGAGUGGCGUGAUGCGAACAGCCGUAGUGGCUUGCUCUUGUUAUUAUUAGAGCUGCUGCAGCGUCCCGAGGCUCCGGGUCUGCUAGAGGCGCUGAGGGGCCCCCAGGGUCCCCUUCUUUUUUCGCAGCUUAGGCCCUCUGCUAUACUGUUGCAGCGUGCUGCUGUCUCACAUGUCCCCGCUAUGGAACGGGUGCUUGUACUGCAAGUGCUUCGGGCGCUGGCGCAUGCUGCACCCAAAGGUCCCCAGCAUGUACUGUGGGCCAUAGCCUCUGCCGCCAGCGUGGAAGUCAUGCGGCUUUUUCCGGAGGGGAAAACAGCAGAUUGGAUUUUUGGGGGGCCCUCCUUCGUUCGCCAUGUGGGUCUUACAGCCCUGCAGGCCGUCUCCUUGCGCAUCGUUGUGGAGUGGCACCUUAGGUCUCUAUACGUGCCUGCUACAGAAGAAGCGUCAGGAGCAGCAGUGCUCCUGAAUGAUGAUGAUCUAGACAGCGUUGCAUCAGCGCUGCGUGCGUCCUUGGAGCUAUGCGUGCAUCCUCAAGUCAUUGAGGGAGCCAUGCUGGCUGUGGCUGAGGCCGCGUCUGUUUGCCGCCGACUGCAAGAACAGCGCAUGCAACUGCCAAUGGAGGUUUCGGUGCGUGGCAGUGGAUCUGGAGGACUCUCUGUGGUCUUCAGGAGCGAGAGACUCAGGGAUACGGUGACGCCGGAGGUCUCUGAGGCGGUUCCACAUCGCACGAGGGGGUUCGUAGCGUUGUGGGAUAUCUGCCUAGGUCUACUGGAGUGCCCCCUAGGUGCUGCUGCUGGCUUUGCCACUUCCUCUGGCAGCAGGAGGUUGAGCUGGCAAGCGUGUUACCUGGUCCCCCUGCAGGUGGCGGCGUGUGAGGCAUUAGCAUCUUUGGCUGUUAUUGCUGCCCCUUUUGAGCGUCUAUGUAGUGCUCUUGGAGGAACCCGAACCCAGCGAGCCGCCUCUGCUGCUGCAGCGCUACGUUAUACAGAUAGCCGCAACGCACGGGCCGGCGCUUCCUGGAGCAAAUUGGGAGCAGCCCUCUUGCGCUGUGCUGGAACACAAGCGGCUAGAACAGCAGCAACCGAAGCAAGAAGAGGUAUUGUCAGCGGCAAGUUACAAGCAGCCAAUUCUGCUCUAUGCAGCUCCUCGGCGCAGACGGUUGUUUGCUUUAGCGACCCUCACAACAGGUGGACAGCCACUUGGUCCUCCACUUUGCUGCACUGCGCACAGCCGACACAGGAGCUCUCAAUCCGUACACAUGCAGCAGAGGAUGAAGACGUCACCGUGCGCGAAGUCGCAGGGACUGCUGCAUCAGCUGCCGCUUCUGAGCUACUAUCGCUGUUACCGAGUGCUGUUGCUUGCACUGACAACGUGCAGCUCUUACUUGCAGCAGCAGCAAUCCCUGCUUUUAGCCAGGAACCACACGGCUUGGAGGCCGGCUGUCUCUAUCAGUUGCUGCUGGAGGUAGUAUCGAAAGAGGGGGCAGGUGCGAAUGAGCAAUUAUUUGAGGAAGAGCCACCAAAUAUUUACGCAGAUCCAGCCCUUACCGCUCAACUAGCUGCUAGGAACCUUUUAUGGUUGCUGCUUGAGUCACAGCACCUGCAGCAGCGGAAUAAGACCAGUGAGGGGCACUCAUCAGUAAAGCGGCAGAGUGUGGGCCUUCUAUCAGCCGACGGGGGAGACUUAGCGGCACAGAGGAGUGAAGGUGUCCGGGAUGCUGUGGUUAAGGCCACGCUUGAAUCAUUUAAAACCAGGGGAGCCUCUGCUGUUGUCUUAGAGGACCUCAGGGGUGCCAUAAGCACAGAUGGGUGUUGGAGUUCCGGGCGAACAAGCACAUCCUGCAGUUCAAGAGAUGCUGUAAAAGCCAGGUGCAAUACCAUUUCCAGCACUAGCAGCGAAGCAGAGGUGCCGAAGGCCUGGUUAAGGAAGGCCAGUGAAGCCGCUGUCGCUGAACUCCACUGCAUACUAAGGGAUUUAAGGACCUCAACAGCAGCUGCAUCUCCAAAGGAAGUCGGUGCUUGUGCGGUUAGCAUCCCUGUCGAUGCUGACCUGCGUGAAGGUAUUCCACUGAUGAUACACCCCACGCAGCAGCGCCUGUUCAUCAGAUCCCACAGAGCACUGCUGUGCAGCUGGGUUUUGCUGUUGUAUGAGUUAUCCCUAGGGAGGUCGCUGGAAGACACUUCUGGGGAUUCCCUUUAUGGUGCAGCCUUCGCUCUUUGCUUGGAAUUGGGGAAUGUGGUUGACGGACGUCAAACUCCCCAGCCACAACUCGCUGCUAUUGCAAAGGACCUACUGGAGCUUCUCAACUGCCUUCAAAAUUGGAAGGACAGCACAGGAAAUGCAUGGCUAGGGUGGACUGCAGGAUGUAAAACUCAUACGUAUACAUUCACACAAUCUCCGAAAGGUACUUUUGCGAAGAGAGCGCUGGAGGAGACAGCACUUACUGACCCACCGUGCUCCCGUGCAGCAGCAGCAUUGACAGCCGGAGCCAGUCAGGUACCUGAAAGUGAAAGCAGCUGCUGCUGUGCACCAGGUGCCGCUGCAGAGGCAGCCCGGCGACUGGCUGCCUCUUCUCUAUUUUUGCUUAUAGAGGUCUCUGCUGCCUCCUGA